GCCUAUAUCAAAUCUUCAGAAAGAGCGGCUCAGGAUGGACAAAGCGGAGACGGCGAUAUUCACCAGACCUGGAGGCGGAGUCUUCAGAGGCACUCUACCCGACCCUGGACUGAGCAGCGCGGUACCAGUAUUGGACCUCGACGAUGCUGACGACGAACUUGCAGCUCUACAGCUUCUGGUCACCAGUCAGGAUUUGCCAUUCGGCUGGGAGUUCAACAGCACGGAUGCAAAGCUCAGCGACAUCUUCGUGGACAUCAGCACGAGGAACGUGACGCCCCACGAGCGCGCGGCAUUCAUGCAGGGCGAGCGGAAGGAGCUGACGGAGUUCUUCGGCAAUGACGUCUGGGAGUUUCACAAGCCCACCGGGGGGGAGGACCCUCGGCGGAUACUCAAGGCGAAGUGGGUGCUCAAGUGGACAAAGAACGACGACAGCACGCCACGUGCCAAGGCGCGGCUGGUACUACAAGGUUUCAACGACCCCGGCGCACUCAGUGGCGCGGCACCGACGGCAUCACCUACAGCCUCGAGACCGGCAGGACAGAUGGCGCUACUACUGGCGGCCAACAACGGCUGGAGACUAUGGACAGCAGAUGUAGCUACUGGAUUUCUUCAAGGACGAAAGGUGCCCAAAGACGCAGCAGAACUCAUGGGCAUCGAGCCGAAUACUCUUAUGAAGCUCAUCAAGCCAAUGCACGGCCAGGUGGACGCACCGAGGCGUUGGUGGCUACGCGCGGCGGACGACUUAAAGGCCAGUGGUCUCAAGCAGCACCCUUUGGACCCCUGCGCGUUUCUCAGUUUCGAUGAGGACGGCAAUAAUGACGGGUUCAUUCUACAUUAUGUGGACGACAUGCUGGGAGGUGGAGAUCGGCGGCCGGGCAGUAACUAUAGUCGAGCUAUCACAGAGGUAAAACGAAGGUUCAAGUUCAGGAAGUGGAUCGAAGACGACAAGAUGGACUGCUGCGGCAGCGACUUGACGCAGAUCCCGCACUGGGAGAACCCGAAGUCGAACAGCAGCGAGAUUGAAGUGAAGAUGGCGACCUACGCCAAGAACCUGAAGCCCAUCACGAUCGACCAGAAGAGCAGCGACAACACGAGGGAGCGCACUAUCAAGGAGAAGCGGCAGCUACGAGCGGGCGCGACCAAGGAGGCGAACAAGACACUGCGGUUCUACAAGCAGAACUCGGACGUCGGGCUCAAGAUGAAGAAGAUCGGCCAGGUAAGCGACACAGUGUUCGUAGCAGUGACGGACGCAGCCUGGGGAGUUCGACAGGGCGGGUCUAGCCAAGGUGGCUACGUCAUCUUGGCAUGCCACAAGAAGAUAUUCGACGGACGCGAGUCCGACUUUAGUGUGAUCGACUGGAAGUCCUUCAAGCUACAGCUACUACGCAUGGCACGUUCCUCUCUACAUGCGGAGUCACAGGCAGCAGCAGCGGGCAUGGAUGGCUUGGAAUUAGCGAAGCGAUUCUGGGCAGCCCUGAUCUACGAUGGCGUGGACAUCACGAAGGAUGAAAGCGCCCGCAUGGCGGGUGAGUCAGCAUUGGUCGUGGACGCAAAGGCGCUCUACGACGCGGCCCAAAAGGAGGGCAUCACCAGCUUCCAGGACAAGCGGACCGGCAUCGAGGUGCUAGCGCUACGUGAGAUGAUGGAGGCUACAAUGACACGCUGGAGGUGGGUAUCUUCAGAAAGGCAAUGCGCGGACGGGCUCGCGAAGAUCGCGGCGAGACAGCUCCUCGCCGACCGUCUACGAUAUGGCAGGCUACAGCUCAAGCAUGACCCGAACUACACGGUGGCAAAGAAGAACACCAAGGAAGAGCGACAGGAGAGUAUAGACCAGACAAGGCCGGUGACAUCGGCGGCAACGCGGAAGGCAACUACACCGUUCAUGCAGUUGGCAGCAUUCGCAAACAGUUGUUGCAGAUCGGCGGCUCGCACGGGGUACGACACGAAGAACGAGAACAACGGCUAUGCUGCGUCCUACCUGAUCAAGAUCAAGGAGGCCGAGUACAAGUACAAGACUGAUUUGGCAGUUCUACGG